GUCGCGGUGGAUGCAACCUAUUGGCUUCUCGGCGCUGCCGCUAAUGUCACAACCCUGCCUGUAACCCGCACUGCCUCCACCCCGUGUAUUUCCGUCGCCGCGGCCCGCUCUCCCUCCCCCCUCUUCAAUGGUGUGGGCAGGAGUGGUAUGGAAGACUGCAUUGAGAAGCUUCGCAUGGAAAUGCUCUUUGCCGUCGGUGUUGCUCUAGCGCCUUUCUGGUGACAACAACAUGCCGUUGAAAUGGAAAAGCGGUUCUCCCGUCAGCUGGAAAUUCCCAAUGCCGGUCCUUAAGACGUCCCGGUCCUCGCCGCUUUCACCUGCCUACAUCCACCAACACUCCUUUGUGGUGUGGACAAAACACUCUCUCCUCGCUGCCUGUCCGCCAUACCACCUGACCCGAUCCCUCGUGGAGGACGACGACACUCACAUGAAAGUGGCUCUGGGCUACGGUGAUAUGGGCAUCUGCGCUCACCUUCAGGCAUCAAAGACUGGAAACACCCGCUUUUUUACCAGCAACACACACAGCUCGGUGGUUCUUCAGGGCUUCGACCAGCUGAGGAUAGAGGGCCUGCUCUGCGAUGUCACUCUGGUCGCCGGCGACGGCGACGAAGCCUUCCCCGUUCAUCGAGCGAUGAUGGCCUCUUCCUCGGACUAUUUCAAAGCCAUGUUCACAGGUGGAAUGAAAGAACAGGAUUUAAUGUGCAUCAAGCUCCACGGAGUGAACCGAAUAGGCCUGAAGAAGAUCAUCGACUUCAUCUACACAGCCAAGUUGUCGCUCAACAUGGAGAAUCUGCAGGACACGCUCGAAGCAGCCAGCUUCUUACAAAUCCUUCCGGUGUUGGAUUUCUGCAAGGUCUUUCUUAUAUCCGGGGUUUCCCUCGACAACUGCGUCGAGGUGGGCCGCAUCGCCAACACGUAUAACCUGACAGAGGUGGACAAAUACGUCAACAAUUUCAUACUGAAAAACUUCCCCUCGCUUUUGGGCACGGGUGAGUUCGUCAAGCUGCCGUUUGAGCGCUUGGCCUUUGUGCUGUCCAGCAACAGCUUGAAACACUGCAGCGAAUUGGACCUCUUCAAGGCCGCUUGCCGCUGGCUACGCUACGAAGAUAGCCGCAUGGACUACGCCUCCAAGCUCAUGAAGAACAUCCGCUUCCCCCUCAUGAACCCGCAGGAGCUCAUCAAUCACGUCCAGACGGUGGACUUCAUGCGUACAGACAACACCUGCGUCAACCUCCUCCUGGAAGCUAGCAACUACCAAAUGAUGCCCUACAUGCAGCCGGUCAUGCAGUCGGAACGGACGGCCAUCCGCUCGGACAGCGCCCACCUGGUCACGCUGGGCGGCGUCCUGCGGCAGCAGCUCGUGGUGAGCAAGGAGCUGCGUCUGUUUGACGAGAAGGCGCACGAGUGGAAAGCGCUGGCGCCCAUGGACGCGCCUCGCUACCAACACGGCAUCGCGGUCAUCGGCAACUUCCUCUACGUGGUGGGCGGCCAAAGCAACUAUGACACCAAAGGCAAGACCGCGGUGGACACGGUGUUCCGCUACGACCCCCGUUACAACAAGUGGAUGCAGGUGGCGUGCCUUAAUGAGAAGCGGACCUUCUUCCACCUCAGCGCGCUCAAGGGACACCUCUACGCUGUCGGUGGAAGGAAUGCGGCCGGGGAGCUCGCGACCGUGGAGUGCUACAACCCGAGGACGAACGAAUGGACGUACGUUGCCAAAAUGAACGAACCACACUACGGACACGCCGGGACGGUGUAUGGCGGCUAUAUGUAUAUUUCAGGCGGCAUCACUCACGACACCUUUCAGAAGGAGCUGAUGUGCUUUGACCCAGAUGCAGACAAAUGGACUCAGAAGGCGCCCAUGACCACCGUGCGCGGCCUCCACUGCAUGUGCACGGUGGGCGACCGCCUCUACGUCAUCGGCGGCAACCACUUCCGCGGCACCAGCGACUACGACGACGUGCUCAGCUGCGAGUACUACUCCCCCGCCCUGGACUUGUGGACUCCUAUCGCCGCCAUGUUGCGAGGCCAGAGCGACGUGGGCGUGGCCGUGUUUGAGAACAAGAUCUACGUGGUGGGCGGAUACUCGUGGAACAAUCGCUGCAUGGUGGAAAUAGUUCAGAAAUACGACCCCGAGAAAGACGAGUGGCACAAAGUGUUUGACUUACCCGAGUCGCUCGGCGGGAUUCGAGCCUGCACGCUAACGGUGUUCCCGCUCGAAGAUAUCUCAAGCUCGCCGUCCAGAGAGUCGCCGCUUUCAGCACCUUGAUGAGUGAUGGGCGGGGGCAGCCCUAUUUUGGUCACACCUCCAUAAACCCUGAACUCCCCAACAAACCCAUAUA